CGGUAUGUUCACGAACACUGCGCAUACGCAGUGGAGUGUGUAGAAAUACGACUUAGCGGUAACGUGCUACUCCGUUAGCUUUGUGUACAUUUUUGUUUUAAAGAGCUUUUAUCGUGAAAACACAGACUCUUCCGCAACGUUUACCAAGGGGGGCUGAUAUUCAUCCCUCAAAUUCCCAGGGAUCCCUCAGCCUGCCCCGAUGAAGGCUGAGCAAGACGGAGACAUUCUCGAAGAGGACUCUACUGAGGAGAAUGGAGUCCAGAGGAACCAGUACAGCACCAUCUCUCCCCCCGCCUCACCUGAGGUCCAGGAAGAGCCCUUCUCCACAUACUUUGAGGAUAAGGUGCCCAUUCCUGAGAGUGUCAACCAGGUAUUCAGUUUCCGUAAACUCUGGGCCUUCACUGGACCAGGGUUUUUGAUGAGCAUCGCUUACUUGGACCCAGGAAACAUCGAAUCUGACCUGCAGUCUGGAGCUAAAGCUGGCUUUAAGCUCCUAUGGGUUCUUCUUGUAGCCACCAUUAUCGGGUUGCUGUUGCAGAGGUUAGCUGCACGCCUUGGGGUCGUAACGGGGAUGCAUCUGGCUGAAGUUUGUAAUCGCCAGUAUCCCACUGUUCCUCGGAUCAUCCUUUGGAUGAUGGUCGAACUAGCAAUCAUUGGCUCAGACAUGCAGGAAGUCAUUGGCUGUGCCAUAGCUCUCAACCUCCUCUCUGUGGGCAGGAUCCCACUGUGGGCAGGAGUCCUCAUCACCAUCACUGACACAUUUGUGUUCCUCUUUCUAGACAAAUACGGGCUGAGGAAACUUGAAGCCUUCUUUGGCUUUCUCAUCACUGUAAUGGCUAUUAGCUUUGGUUACGAGUAUGUGCUGGUAAAGCCAGACCAAGGGGAGCUGCUGAAGGGGAUGUUUGUACCUUACUGUGCUGGCUGUGGGCCUCUGCAGCUGGAGCAGGCAGUGGGAAUUGUGGGUGCUGUCAUCAUGCCCCACAACAUCUACCUGCACUCUGCUCUGGUCAAAUCUCGGGACAUUGAUCGCAAAAAUAAGAAGGAUGUAAAGGAAGCCAACAAGUACUAUUUUAUCGAGUCAACUGUUGCUCUCUUCAUCUCUUUUCUCAUAAACGUAUUUGUCGUGGCUGUCUUUGCUCAGGCCUUCUACAAUAAGACCAACAUGGAAGUGAAUGCAAUGUGCAAUGCAACAGGCAGUCCUCACACAGAUCUCUUCCCUCUGAACAACGGCACAUUGGAAGUGGACAUCUACAAAGGGGGCGUCGUGCUUGGCUGUUUUUUUGGCCCUGCAGCUCUAUACAUCUGGGCCAUAGGAAUCCUGGCUGCUGGACAGAGCUCCACGAUGACAGGCACUUACUCUGGGCAGUUUGUGAUGGAGGGUUUCCUGAACCUGCGGUGGUCUCGAUUUGCGCGAGUGCUGUUGACCCGCUCCAUCGCCAUCACACCUACUCUGCUGGUAGCCAUUUUCCAGGAUGUGCAGCAUCUGACGGGCAUGAAUGACUUCCUCAAUGUGCUUCAAAGCAUGCAGCUUCCAUUUGCUUUGAUCCCAAUUCUGACCUUCACCAGUCUGACAUCCAUCAUGAAUGACUUUGCAAACGGAAUGGUGUGGAAGAUUUCUGGAGGCAUUGUCAUCCUGCUGGUUUGUGCAAUCAACAUGUAUUUUGUGGUGGUUUAUGUGACCGCACUGAACAGUGUGCUGCUCUACGUCGUCGCUGCUCUCCUCUCCGUUGCCUAUCUGUGCUUUGUAGGCUACCUGGCAUGGCACUGUCUGGUCGCUUUGGGGGUUUCCUGCCUGGACUUUGGCAGCAGGAUACAAAUUGGACUUCCACGACACACAGACAUUUACCUGCUCAACGACAUGGAAGUCGAUCCCGCGGUUGAGAGAUAGGACGACGUGUUCUGAGUGGACGUGGCGCUGUGGUGACUGACGGACACUGACUCACUUGAGCAACGCAUGGGACGAACCCAGGGGCUCGGUCAGUAGGAGUUCAUCUUCACCUCUCGGUGCCUAACACAUUUCUAAGUGCACUUGAUGUGAGCCCACAGAUGUCUAAUCGUGUUUGUUUUUCCACGUACAUGGCUGAAAACAUGCUGCAGGUCUGUGACGAGACAAUUGUGCAAAUUAUGAUAUAAAAAACGGGCUAAAAAAAAAUUAGGCUUGUUUCGAACAUGUGGUUCUUGUGACCUCAAUUCACUUAACAAUUUAGAAUUGCAAAAAAAAACGUGUAUUUGGCCAUUUAGUUUGUUCUUGUAUAUGUUAUUAAUAUAAGAAAAAAAGUCACCAAAGCUAUGUUUAAAAGUGGGACCAAGUGGCCACCCCUUUUAUCUAAUUUAUAUUUAAAUAAAUAUUUAAAUUAAUAUAAAGUACAAACAGUCUUGUAACAUGUUACGUAUGGACAUAACUAUAUAAAAGCUAUAUAAAGUGUUUAAAUGUGAUUUAAACACUUUAUCGUGUCGUUUUUUUAAUCACGUAAGAGAAUGACAGUUUCAUGUCACUUUUUCUUACAUUAAUGCAAAAAAUAUUUUUGUAAUAUGUUUUGCUCUUGGAGAUGUUCACAUCUGUUUGUCUUUUUACAGCUAACUCAACUAAAGUUAAUGUGGUAAGAUGUGAAAAUAAAUUAUUUCAGUGGUUCCUGGUGCUGGGAUCCAUAAAAGACAACAGCACACACUUUUAGCCACAUGAUAAUACAUGUAUGGGUUUUGUAGCACAUGUAUACAUUCCCAUUCAGUAUGUGAAUGAAAAACCUUCACAACUUCGGCCAGUGUGUUUUUAAGAUGUGCUCAUUUAUGAGUGGUUUGUCAUUUUUAUAAAGUGCUCCUUGGACUUUUAUGUCGUUUUUUUAAAUUUGUUUUGCUUUAGCAUGUUGGGGCAUUAGAGGCAAGUAGUAGUUUUUUGUUUUUUUUGAUGAAGCCAAAUUUGUGAAGAGUGUGUAUAGGUGUACAUAAGUGCACUUGGGUUACAUGGAAUACAAGACUUUCUGGAAUGAAAAUGAACACGGGAGAAUGCUAUGGUUGUGCAAACAGAGGACAGACAGUAAAUGAUGUAAUGUGUAUGGGACGCAUGGGACAUUCUUACUGUCUUGGUUUUAUUAGGAGUUUGUAGUUGUUCAUGAACAAGUUUGACUGCUGGGCAACAAAGUGUUAGUUUGACAAAUGCCUAUAACUGUUGAA